AUGGGUAACGAUAAAAAUUUUGUUCCAACUGAGGAUUUACCGUUUCGUUUAAUUGAAACUCCAAUUGGUUCAGCUCCUUUUGAAGAUUUUCAAACUAUUCAAUGCCAUAGAUAUAAUAAACCUAAUAAUCAAUCGAUAAGUCAAUCACGUUUUGAAGGAUAUGAUGCACCUCCAUCACUUCUUCCUCCUCCAAUUCUACCCAAGCGAUAUGAUGAACCAAUAUUAAAAAUACCUCAAAGAUCUGAUCGUCAACAAUUAAAUUCAAAAAAAACUUCUAUAAAUACGAAGAAUCAUCGAAGAAAAAUUCACAGAAAGCAGGUAACAUGCUGCGUUCUAUCUUAA